AUGAGUGGCAUAGCUUUAAAACUUACGGCACUUCUAGUGAAAACCAUUCUGAAACCAAUAUCAAAAGCAAUUUCAACACAAGCUAAAAACAAUGAGACAUUUCGUAAAUACUGCAUCUCAUUUGCCAAUCGACUUCAUAAGACAGAUGUCAAAUUACGCAUGAAUCUAUUAGGUGAGAAAAAGAUUAGAGUAAGACCUUUAAAUGAUAACAAAGCCAUAGAACAAGGUGCAUCAUUCAUAUCGGAGACGUUUAUAUUUAGUGUUGCUGGUGGAUUGAUUUUUUACGAAAGUUAUCGAAGUCGUAAACGGGCAAGUGAUCAACGAGAUGCCUUAGCUGAUGAUAUCACCAUUUUGCAGAAUGAAAUUGAAUAUAUCAAGAGUAAAAUGAGUGAAUUGAAUGUUAAAUUGGAUGAUUAUAAAGUUCCUGUGGGGUAUAAGCCAAAGUAUGUUAAAAUUGGAAAUAUUGAGCCUCUACAGGAGAGUCCAACACAGCCACUGCCAAAAGAGCCAUUAUCGUCGCAACAGCCGUCGCUGCGACAAAUCCCACCAACACCUCCGUCGCCUUCCUCAAACUAG